UCUCAUACUUGGAAGCGUUUCCUUCUGGAGGUGAAGUGCGUUUUCUGGAAGAAUCAAAGCAAAGCAGCCUUUCUGCACUAUCUUUCUGAUAAUUGUGCGUCGUCCUUAUUAAUUCUUGGUUUUUAUACCGCAGGUGCAGGACGCGCGCGGCGAGCCCCACGUGGCCCAUAGCGGAAUCGUCUCGUCAUCACAGCCUUAUCUCUACGGGGUGUCGCGCCGAGCACCCAGUGCUCCACAAGUGAGGCGCGGGUAGCGAACGGCUUUCCACGGACGCGGCCGGGUGGCCGAGCUCGCUCGAGAGUCAGUCUUCACCGUCUGAGGUCCACCCCGUAGCGCCGCGCCAUGCCGCGCAGGCUGCACGACAUGGAGGACGUCCCGUCGGAGGGCCACCCCGUCCGGCUCUACAUCUACGACCUGAGCGGCGGCCAGGCUGCGAUCUUCUCGAGCCUCUUGAUGGGAGGCCACCACAUUGACGGCGUCUGGCACACGUCCAUCGUGGUGUACGGCCGCGAGUACUACUUCGGCAGCAAUGGCGUGCAGGACUCGACGCCGACACUCUCUGUGCAAUGUUGUGGUGCAGGGGGGGGGGCGAGCCGGCGACGACGCCACCGCCGAGGUGCGCGGGCCGGGCCGGGCCGGGCCUGGCCCCGGGGGGCGUCCCGUGUCCAUGAUGGAAUGCGCCUCACUACGCUCACGCGCUCUAAGUUUGGCUCGGGAGCGGCCCCUAUUUUUGCCUGUACCCCCUUCCCUCCCUCUCUCCCUCUCUUCCCCCUUCUCGCAGCGGCCGCCGCCGCGGUCCCCUCUCCUCUCUCCGCGUCCGGGCCGCGCUCUCCUCGCCGCGCAGAGCAGAACGGGGCGUCGACGAGCACCCUCCCUUCAGCGUCCGUCCGCGCGCGGCUUUACCGGCCUCCUCUGCCUGUGAGCGGCACAGUCCUCGGCAACCCACUCAAGACGUUGGAUUUGGGGAACACAUUCAUCCCCAAGCAGACCUUCCUCGACUACAUUACAGAACUCAACGAGUCGACUUUUAAGGCUUCGACAUAUGAAUUAUUUCACCAUAAUUGUAAUAACUUUAGCAACGAAUUAGCUCAAUUUCUCGUAGGCCAAGAAAUCCCUAAAUACAUCCUAGACCUACCUCACGAGGUUCUCAAUACCCCGUUUGGACCGGUGAUUCAAGGCCUCCUCGCCCAAGUUGCUGCAAGUGGCCAUUCAAUACCAAACUUCCGCCUUACGUCGGAUACGGGUUCAACGCCGAUCUCAAGAGACAGAGAGGAGUCACCAGAUUUUGCGAAACUCAAUUCCGAAGUUGAGGAAGCGAGACUAGAGUCUCAGCGUUUGGCGGAAAAGCGCAACCGGCUGAGCGAGAAGCUCGCCCGUCGCGAGCGGAAGGAGAGGAAGAAGAAGCGCCGAGAGAGCUUGCCGACCGAGGAGCAGGAGGGGAGUGUUGGUGGUGGUGACUGCAGGCGGCGAUCCCUGAUGGCUGACACGGAGGUUAACGGCGGCGGCGGCCGGGCCGACACCGAGUCGCCGGCGCGCGAGGCCCGCAAGGACAACAAGGACAGCGUGGUGUCGGUGCUCGAGGAGCAGGAGCGGCGGGAGCGCGAGGAGCGGAGGGAGCGCGAGGAGGAGAAGCGGCUCCGGGACCCGCCCAUCGUCUUCAAGGACGCCUGCGACGUGCGCGUCGACUUCGACAAGCUGGUCGGCCUGAUCGACGGCCAGCUCAGCCCGGAGGAGCAGCAGUCGCUGGAGGAGCUGCACCUGUACAUGCUGGAGGACGAGGGAUCGUGGGCGCUUGGGGACGGCUUCCUCAACUUUAUCGGCCGCCUGCUGCACGACAAGAGCCUGCCCUGCGAGGUGCGCGUGCACACGCUGCAGGUCCUGGCCGUGGCCGCGCUCAAGGACGACUCGAUCCUCCUGCUGCACCAGGACAGGCGCGAGCACGUGCUCAUGAACUACGCCUUCGACGUGGACCGCCUGUCGCUCGAGGAGCAGCGCGCGCUCGCCCUGUUUGUGUGCAACCUGUUCGAGAACCUGAGCAGCUCCGAGUGGCUGCUGUACAUCUCCGAGUGGCAGUACUGCAACAACAACAUCAGCAACAUUCGCGUCACGACCAAGGUGGCCGUGAACGCGCUGCUGUCCGAGGAUGCCCUGCUCAAGGACCGGGGCUCCGCCAUCAUCCACAACCUGGCCUGCAAGGAGGUAAAAACCGUGGUGUUCGACGACGUGGCCGUGGAGCUCGCCAUGGCGCUGCUGCAGUUCUUCAACAGCAACCCCAACGAGGACCAGCUGUUCCGCGCCAUGAAGGCGCUGGCCCGCUUCUGCCAGGUGGCGCCCACCGACGUGCCGCAGCUCGUGCAGAUGAUCGGGCCCGAGCCCUCCAAGUUCAAGGGCACCUCCAAGAGGAUCGACGAGCAGAUCCAGCUGGUGCAGAGCAAGUUGCGCUAGGGUAGGAUAUCGUGGUGCCCGGGGGCCGGGGCGUAGAAAAGUGGCGCGUGGAAGAAAACGGAACUUUUUAAGAGCAAUAGAUUUUCAAUUCGGUAAAUGUAUUUUAAAACUUCUUUUUUAGUAGUGCCUGUUGCAAAUUUGUCUUUUGGUCUCGCUCGCGCAUCUCGUGACCGUCCCCCGGAGUAUUUCACUGAUACAGACUGAAAAGCCGGCCGAUCAAUUAGAAGUAAAAUGGAGGGAGUCCUGUGUAUGGUGCAGGCGAGUUCUGUGAUGUACAUUAGUAAUGGCUGUUUCUGCCUCUCGUCAUGGCUCUGCUCUGCCAAGCGGUCGCUGUGGCAGGGGAAGGAGGGUGGGACCAAUUUGCGUCUCUUGCCCAAACUAUUUGAGUGUCAGUUCACUGCAACGAACGGUUGCAUUCUACAAUCGUUUUAUAAGUCUUCUUUUUAGACAGUCCGCAAGACUGUCUGUAUUUUUUGUUAAUAAUGUGUUUUUGCUGCAUACUUACAAUUUGUUUUAAAAAAAAUCUGUCAGCUCCUUUAAUUUAUUGAUAAAAGAAGUUGUCAUAGCUUUUGCAUUUUUUUACAAAGUAGUGGAGUUUGCAUUUGUUUCUAAGGCAGUUUUGCGUUUUAUAAAACAUGCAAUCUCCAGAAUUGUGAGAUUUUUUGGAGGACGCAGAGGGUACACUGUAUACUUUUUUGUUAAUACCUGUUUUAUUUUCGAGAAUGGAAUGUAUAAUAAUGAUAUUUACAAGUGAGGCGACAAAUGUUUCAAAGAUGUAAAAAAGCAAUGAAUUUUACGAUUAAUGAUUUGUAUAUCUGUGUAUAGUAUAUGUGAUGACCACUAUUAAAUAAAUUAUGAAAUUAGCACAAAAA